AUGGACGCGACUAUACAUCCCGGUCCUCGGACGUUGGAUCUAUUAGCCCUACAGUCCCAGCAUAGAUCCGAGUAUAUAUGGGACGGACAGUUGGUUACGCAGACUUUUCGGGCCAGAAGAGUGGAUCUAUUGUGGGACUUUUUGAGUCAUAGAGUUCAACAUCCCCGCGUGGUCCAUUACCUGGAGGAGAUGGGAUUAUAUAGGAUUAUUAUGAUUGGCCGGAUACAGCUCGACUGGGCUUUGGCCUUGAUUGAGCGGUGGCGAUCGGAAACACACACUUUCCAUCUGCCCACCAUCACACUCCAAGACGCUGAGAUUUUAUAUGGCCUGCCGGAGGACGAGACUAUAGCGUCUGGGUCCAGUCGUAUGCAGUUAGUCCCCAUUAGAAACCACCUGGAGCAGAUCCACCAUACUAUCACCGACGAGUCAGCGGAGGUGGAUGUACAGCGAUAUAUGAGGCUGCAGUUGCUCCUUCUACUUGGGGGGAGGGGGUUCUUGUCCCCGAACACUUCGGGGAACCUAGUGAGCCUCCGUUUUCUACAUCAUAUUGGUCAGUUCGAGGAUACAGCCAUCUACAGCUGGGGUGGUGCUGUCAUCUCGUAUUUGUACAGGCAGAUGUGCCGGGCUUGCAUCGGCACACAGAGAGAUGUUGGUGGCUUUCUGUCGCUUCUACAAUUUCAGCCACCUCUACCACAACUACUAGCUAAUAUAGAAAUUCCGCAUCUCCCUCUAGCCUGUAGGUGA